UAUUUUUAGAACCAUCAUGUUCGCGAGUUACAUCAUUGUUAACGAAGUCGAAGGCCUUCGACUUUUCGAGCACAUCGACGCGCGCUGCCUCAGCGACGCUCUCCGGGUGCGCAUCUCGAGGCCCUUCGUGGAGCUCAACAACGUGACGCUACUCGUGCGAGACCGCAGGGGCAAGUCGCAUGUUCUCUCCCCCUCAAUGAGUGCCAGAUGUGGUUACAAACAGCUGGAGAACUACAGUGGAGGACUGGAGCUGUGGGCCUCCCUUACAGCCUGCCACAUGUACUUACAGCGUGAAAGCAGACGUCUGCGGCUCUCUGUAGGUGUGAAGUAUGUGCCCUUAAAUCUCUCCUGGUCUGAGACCACUGACCAUGUGUACUUCUCCUGUCCCUAUAAGCCAAGCAGUGGGCGCAAACUGGUGUGUGAGGAGGCCUACACUGAGGUAUCCCACACAGUUGAUGUGUCAUUGUAUGACACUAAGAUUGCAAGUGGAAAGAGUUCACUGAUUUUUGAGAUUCGGAACCAGAAUGGUACCAUCAUGACCCAGGAUCGGAAAUGGAUUUCUUAUCAAGGCCUACAGUUGCGUGUCGACCGUUCAGUAGGUCGGAUCACUUUGCGGGUUCCUCUCAGCAGUCCAAUUGUCUCAAUAAGGGAUUCAAAUGGCUUUCUGUCAGUGGAGCAUACUUUUGUGGUUAAGCUGCAGGAUGUCUUCAACACAGAGUAUGAUCUGAGCGCUCAGUGCCCAGUUGUACAGCUGAUGUGCCAAGAAGGGGAUGUGGUAGUGUCUACAGCCAACCUUUGGCUUCCAAGUCUUAUGGAGAGAGUGGAGGACUAUGCAAUCAGAAUACAACUUGAUGGGGUCACACUCUCAGAGGAAGAUGCAGUCUCCAAGGGGUAUAAAAUCUCACUUGGGACACAAGGUGCCAAGGUCUCCUUUGCUACAAGGACCAACCCCUUGCUAAACAGGUAUAACGAAGAUGACUCUGGGGUGAAUAAACAUCGUCUGGCCCUGGUCCUUCUGUGGGGACUUAAAGAAGGAUUGCAGCAUAGCCGAGAGGUCAUUCAUAUUCCACCUCACUCCUGUCAUCCCCAACACCAGGACCCAGUCUUCACAGUGUCAAUAGUUGAAGAUGGCUUCAAUGUGACAUAUGGACCUGUGCCAGCAUCCUACUCUCUGAGUGCUACAUCGGUGGAUGGGAUGCUUUUCCAAAGACCUGGUGACCGUUUGGGUGGGCUACAGACACACACAGUGCCUGGAAAUGACUCCUACCAUGUCUCAGUUUUUUCCCCCUUUGGAGGCAAGGUGACCCCAUGGAAGUAUCUUGGUGGCCUCAGCUCCCAGUACACCAUAACACCGGUACUGAUCUUCCUCAGUCCAGAUGGUGAAGAGCUGAUCAUGGAAGGAGCGGUCUACAGACACGUCCGUGAAGACAUUGUUCUUCCAGGUCUGGAGGGCUACUGCCAGGACCAGAGUGUGUGUUUCAACAUCACACAGGGAAAUGCAGCUCACCUGUGGAUGCUCUACAUCUGGGAUUCCCCCUUCACAAAUGAAUGGCGAGCCGAGCAACAGCACUCAAUGAGAGACUCCUUGAAACCCUUCCAGCUGUGCAUCAGUAGUGAUGCUCCUGAUCUUCUCCACAAGAGUGUGAGCGAGGAGCGGCGAAGUCUGGUUCUGGGUGUAUCCUUUCGGGAUCAGAUAAGUGGGGAGGUGAAGGUGUCAGCCCAACAUGCCUGUCCUUUUCUUCCUGCUCAAGAGCUGACAUGUUCAGCAGAAGGUGUAGUCCACGCAAGGGGUCUGCGGCUCAUCUCCUCCCCUACUGUGCAACCAGAGCUUCUCACUCUGCUGGAUCCCACCUGCAAACCUUCUGAGGUUUCCAGACCCAAUGUCUCUUUCAUUUUUUCAGUCAGCUCCUGUGGAACAGUCAAGAAGGUGCAGGAUAAUGUUGUUGAAUAUGAAAAUAAGAUCUCCAAUGUAAAGUCACUGGGCAAGUUUGCCCCAGAAUACUUGAAAUUUGAGUCCACUCUGGUAUGUCGCUACAGAAACCCUGGGGUAAUUGCUUUGGAAAAGACAAAAAAUGCCCCCCAUGCCCAAGGAAACUUCCAGCUCCAUUUGGAGAUCAUGAAAGACUGGACUUUCUCAACACCUUUCAGGCCAGAUGAGUUCCCUGUGACAAGACUGCUGCGGGAACCGGUGCUGGUGGAAGUUGGAGUGGAGAGCAGUGACCCUCAGAUUGAGCUCUACCUUCGGGACUGCUGGGCCUCCCCCACCCCAGAGCCUACACACUCCCACAGUUGGUUCCUCAUCAAAGAUGGCUGUGAGGUGGACGAGGAUGAAUAUAAGACUGUCUUUCAUAAGGUGGAACUCAGCAGCAGGAUACGAUUUCCCCAGCACUACAAACACUUUGAAAUGAGAACUUUUGCUUUUGUCAACUCCAACUCAAGAGAGCUGCUAAACCACUCCAUCUAUAUUCACUGCAAUGUGGUUAUCUGUGACCUGGAAAUUGUCACCAGUGAUAGGCGCUGCAAAAGUCAGUGUAAUGUUGACAAACAGAGAAAAGGGCGAAGCUUUGGGUCUGAGAUCACAGAGGAAUUCCUGUUGACAUCAGGGUUAAUCCAGCUUUUCCCUGAGAUUCUGUCCACUGGAACACUAUUGGGUGAGGAGGGACCUCUUGUGCUGAUUGUACUCUCAGUAGCUGGUAUGUUCUUCCUCCUGAUCUUCCUCUGUGUAAUUUGGGUUUUCUGGAGGCUGAAGUUAAAUGUUACAAAUAAAAUUACUUCAUAA